AUGGGCAACACCACCUCAACCCUCCCCCCGGGAGCCGACGAGGUGGAGACCAUGCACCAAGACUCCCUGCUGGUCUCCCUCAUUACGCCAUCAUCCCUCGCCGCACCCAAGUUUGUGGCAGAGGCUGUUGCCACAUACCGCUCGCCGGCCUCGUCGUCGCCUGAGCUCAACGACGGCUCGGUGCCUCAGGCCACUAUGGCCGCCCUUGGCUCGUCGGCUCUGGCGGCGGCCGCGGCAGAGUUCCUCAUUCCGCCAUCGGCCCGCCGCUCCGCUGCUGCCAUGCGCAAGCAAGUCACUGUCUCCACCGCUUCCACCACCCUCUACACCCAGCUGGUCCUCCUACGGGCCACCCUCCUCCGCCGCCUGGCUCAGGCUCUGGCUCGCUCCGCUGCGGCUGCGGCUGCCACCGCCCCGCUCCGCCCGCUGCCCGACGCUGCUACUCGGCCCAUCGGUGCUCCGCUGGCGUCGGCCUCGCAAGCGGUCACCGCUGACGGCGCACUUGGCAUCCACACCUCGCUCGGCGUCCUGGUCACCCUACUCAAGGCCGCUGCCCGCGCCGACCCGGACGUCGGCCUCGAGACCCUUGCCUCGUUUGAUGCCCUCCUCCACACCAUUCCGCUGCUCGGCCUCUAUCUUGGCGCACCCGAGCCGGCGGUCGACGCGCUGGUUGGCUUUAUGCACCACACGCUCGACAUGCCUCAGGCCCCGCCGAGCGCAAAGUCGGCCGCCCUCGCCGGCCUUGUUGGCGUCGCCCUCGCCAAGGGCUCGUUCACCGAGCUGCUCUUUGUGGCCCAUACUCUCCUCACUGCCCCGCCUGCGGCUCCGCUUGACGUCUCGACCUACCUCGGCCGCCUCGCCAGCUACAACCCACACAUUCCGCUGGCUGCUCUCGACGCCAAGGCCGCUCUCUCGUUCUCUAACGAGUACACCGCCCCCGCUGCUGGCUCGCAAGGCUCGGCGGCCUCGGCCGAUACACCUGCGGCCUUCCGCGAGCCGGGCGCCAUCGCCACCGACGGCACCUACCUCUACAUCCACGACGCCCACGGGCUCGCCAAGAUCGGCACCGGAGCAAACGGCUCCAUCCAGGGCCACGUCUAUGCUGCCCGCCCGCUCUUCCGCGCCUCCGACGCUGCCUCGCUCCUUUGUGUCUGUGACAAGCUCUACUACCGCUCUGCUAGCAUCGCGCCAGCAGCUUUUCUUGUCCUCUCAGCCUCAAACCUCGCCGACAUUGGUGCCAUCCUGCCUGACGGCUCGGGCUCGGUCGCCUCCGAUCCGACCUCCGAGACCUGGCUUCCUGCCGAGUUUACUCCCGAGCCCAAGGCCUCGCCGCCGACCUUUGCUUCGCCGGCAACCACCGACGGCCGCUACAUCUACGUCGCCAUGGCUGUCUAUGGCUAUGCCCCAGACGCGCCGCCGGUCUCGGCGCUUGCCUCGGCCGUUGCUGGCGAGUCGCGCUCGGCCGUGUCGGGCGCCGCUGACGCGCUUCCGCCGGUCACCCCGACUCCGACCUCGGCCUCGGCCGCCCGCGCGCAGAGCAUCACCUUCCCACCGCCAUCGGCCGGCUCAUCUGACGACGCUGCCACAUCACUGGCCGGCCCCGCCAGCUCCAGUGCAGGUCCGAACCCGGCAGCGCCGGGAGCUGCAAACCCUCGCGUCGUCGUCGCUACUUUUGACCCGCUCUCGGAUCCACCCAUGAAGCACAUCGCGUCGACGCUGCUCUCCGGCUCAGAGACUCUCGUCGGCCAUGUCCUCUCCACCCGUCAGUGCUACAACACCGACACCCGCAUCGCCGUCGACACCUCGCUCGUCUUUCACGCGCCGGGCAAGGUCGCCGCCUGGUGCAUGGCCGGCCGUGGCCAGGGCAACUUUGUCUUCCAGGUCUACCGCCGCGUCGCCGGCGACCACUACGUCCUUGUUGGCGAGAAUGAGGUCGAGACCAUCUCCGGCCUCCAGGUCUUUGACAUUCCUCCCGACGAGCGUAUUGCAGUUCUCCCCGGCGACUGCAUCGGCUGGCGCUGGGCCAUCGACCGUGGCCAGGUCUACUACGACCGCAACGUUCCGGGCACCUCGCCCUCGUUUGUCAAGUACAACUCGAACACCCACGGCCCGCGCGAUGCCGUCGGCGACACUGUCCACUUUACCCGUACCGAGUCGGUCACCAUGUCCAUCGCCGCUGUCCUCGACCCGGCGCCGGUCGCCACGCACACCGCCACCAGCCCGGCCUCUUCCAGCGGGAGCGUGCCGCUCACGUUCUGCGCCACUGCCGGCCCUCUCGCCCUCCCGACACCCGUCCUCAACUACGGCGCGCUCUACUGCAACGGCUCGUGCGUGGCCAUCCUCGCUCCGCCAAACAAGCAGCUUCACGAUGGCUUCCCCAAUCACGCAUCCACCCGCCAGUGGUCGCUUGCGUCAGGUGCACUCCUGGACCACACCGACGCUGGACUCAACCCGCAGGGCAUGCCGACCGUCUACGAUGCCGACGCCAACGUCGUCUGGAACUACGCUCCGGGCACGCGCAAGGUCUUCCGCUGGGCUUGUGGCCCGCUCCGCCCGGCCCUCACUUUUCCGGUCUCGUCCGAGACCGCCGCCGCCGCCCGCUUCCCGCUCCAUCCGCUCGACGUCCCAGCCGCGCUUCCGGCCCUAGCUGCUGACCUCCCGCCGGCUGCCUCACCGGCCGACGUCGCUUAUGUCCUCCUCCGCCACGCGGAUCGCAUCGCCCUUCACCACGCCCCGCCACCGGCCGCCGCCGCCGCCCACGCCGCUCCGACGUUGUCCGCCGUCGCUGCCUCCUCGUCGGCCGCCACCGCGGCCUCGCUCUGCCGCGAGCUCUGCGUCCAGCUCCACCCGUCAACCUUUGCGCUCCUCCUUUCGCUUCUUCGCCGCUUUGCUGCCGCCCUCCCGCGCGUCCUCGCCCUCCCGUCCACUGCUCCCGUUCCAGACGACCUCGCCACUGCCGGCUAUCUCACCAUGGCUGUUCUCCGACUGCUCAAGGUCAAUCUUGCCGUUCUGGUCUCUUCAGGCUAUCCGCUGGAAGCUUUUGACUCCAAGCCGCUGCCCGAGACUGCUGCUGCUUCUGCCGCUGGCGGCGCCAGCCCGGCUACCCUCACUUGGGCCUCACUCUCAGCGGCAGACGUCGCCGCUGCAUCUGCUGACCUUCUCCCGCCGCCGUUCAACGAGUCCUUCCCGCCGCUUGCCAUCGAGCACGAGCUCGACGGCGAGGCGCUGGCCCUUCUCUCGCUCACCGACUGCGUCUUGCUCGCCGACAACAAGCUCGGACGCGGAAAAAAGCUCCACGCCGCCCUCACGGCCGCUCUCCGCAAGCCUCCGCAAGCUCACGCUCCGGCCACUGAUGCCAGCUCGGGCGCUCCGUCAUCGCGCAAGCGGCCGGCGCGCCUCGACACCGGCAGCUCGAGCGCCACCAAGCCGUCGCGCCUCGACGGCUCGCCCUCGGUCUUUGCCACCAUUCGCAACGAGCUCGUCGCCCUCACCUCGCACUCGCAUGCUUGGAUCCAGGACGAGGCCUGUGGCGUCCUCACGAUGGGCAUGAACGCGUUCUAUCCCACUCGCGAGGACCGUCUCCUCCUCCUCGGCUCCACCCUGGCCAAGGUCGAUCCGGCCGCUGCCUCGCCCGACCCGUUCGUCGCCGCCGUCCUCGAGUACUUUGCAGAGCCCGCGACCGUCGCCGACCUUUUUGUCGCGCCGCUCACCGAUGCCCUCACUGGCAAGCCGAGCCUCCCACCGGCCUUUGCCACCAUCAUUCACAAUCUCAUCCGUAUCAUCCGUGCCGAGGCCGAGGGCCUCCUGGCUUCGCCGCCGGCUCCGUCUUCCGACGCCUCAGACCUGCCGCCAGCACCGUCGACCGCCGCCCGUAUGCUCUUCUCCUUCCUCACCCACCUCCUCGCUCGUGCCACGGCCUCGUCCGGCGACCUCCUUGACGCCACCGUCACCCUCGCUUCGGACCUCCUCGGCGCCGCGGCAGACGUUGUCACUGCCGUCGUCGCUGCCGCGCCUGACAAUGCCGCUCUUGCAGACUCGGCCUCGCACGGCGCCGCACUCCGCGCCUCGUUUGUCCCCACCAUUCUCCCAGGCCUUGUCUCGGCGCUCCCGGUCCUCGUCGCUUCGUCGGUGGCUCUCGCGGCCAAGCUCUCGCCGCGCCUUGUCGCACUCUUUACCGUACUCGACACGCUCAACGCCCGCAUCCCGGGCAUUGCCGAGACCGACGCUGAGCUCCUCACCGCCCGCGCCUCGACCUACACCAAGUCGAUUGUCGAAGAGUCACUCCACCCUUACCCGACCCAUGCCCGGGUCGACAAAAAGGUGACAAUCCCCAACGCCACGUCUCUUACUCUCAUCUUUUCCAAGUCGUGCCGGACCGAGGGCGGCUCCGACUACCUCGACAUCUACCAGGCUGCGCACCACUCGAACCACCUCUACCGGUUCUCCGGCGCGUACAACCAGGGCUCGUCGUCGUUCCCGGCUGAGCCGGUCACCAUUCCGGGCGACACUGUGUACUUUUACUUUACCUCGGGCCCAUACUCGUACUCGCACUACGGCUGGUCGGUCACCGUCUCGGCCCAACUGCCCGACGUCAUCGGCCCGGUCCCGUUCUCGCUUGACCUGCUCAAGAACGUCGGCUGGGCCCUCGGCUCGCUCGCUGCUGUCUCGGUCGCCGGCGCGCCACUCACCGACGAAGAGGCCGCUCUCAAGUCGCUCCUGGCGUCGCCGCUGCUGGCCCGCGGCUACGCCGGUUCCCCGCCCGACUCGCCUUUCCUUGACGACAUGCUCGCGUCCGAGCCGACGGCUUCACCGGCCACCGCCGGCUUUACCAUGUUUCUGGAGAUGGCUCAGGCCAACGCCACCGGCGUCUCGCUCGGCAAGAAGGCCCGCGGUGCACCCAUCGACUUUCUUGUCGAGCGUGCCGUCCUCGCCGCCGCCAUCUACCACACCGGCCUCCUGCCCGACACUCUUGUCUACGCCGCGGCCCUUGCCGAUGCCGGCGACAACGCUGCUCUCCGCCCGGCCAUGCCCAAGCCGCUGCUCCACCUCUGGCGCCGCGCCCACAAAAUCAAAAAGUGGGUCAUGCGCGAGUACGAGGACCGCGAGUCGGCCCGGGAUCUCGAGCGCGCCGCCGACUCGGACCUCGGCGCUGCUACCGCCACUUCCGCCGCCAGCGACCGCUCCUUUGCGGCCGAAAUUGUGCGCAAGGCCAGGUUCCUCCUCUCCUAUGCGCCAGCUGCGCUCCCACCGCAUGACGCCGCCAACUCACCCGCUGUCCGCGGCAACCCGACGCUUGGCGCGCUUGUUCCCGCCGCCAACUCGGUCCUCGCGUCUUGGCGCCAUGCCGAGGCCCGCUUUGCGGCGUUUGACCUGAACGCAGCUGACGCGCUUUGCAACGAGCUCGAUGUCUUUCUCCGCACUCCGCUCAACGUGGCGGACCUGGCUUCGGUUGUUGCCACCCGGAGCGAGCGGGCGCAGACCCGUGCUGCCGGCUACGCUACGCUUGCGACACUCAUCCGCGACGUCACCAUCCGUUCGGCUGUCUACGAUCUCCUCCGCCCCUCGUGCGACUCGCUCGAUGUUUCGGUUCGCUCGGCCUCGACCGGCGUCCACCACCUUGACGCGCUCACCACCGCGCCGCAGACCCAACUCCACGCGGUCCAAGACGCGUUUGCCACCUUCCUUGCCGCUGUCAACACUGUUGUCGGCGACGACGCUACCGCGCCGCCGGUCCGGGCCGCUGCGCUGGCCGCGCUCAACCUCCGCUUCCUCCCCUCGGACCGCAACCUGCUCCUCUCAUCCGGCGUGAUGGCCACGCUGUGGCACCUUGCUACUGCACCGGCUCCGGCGUCUACGCUCUCACACGCCGCGGCCGCUGCCGGAGCGGCGGCCGAGUCGGAGCCGUCUGCUCCCGCAAGCGACGGGCCGUUGCCCGACGCCGAGCUCGCGUCUGUGCUCGAGCCAGUCUUUGGCCUCGCUGCGGCGCUCUCGCUUCGCUCCGCGGCGCGCACCAUGUUCAAGACUCUGGCCGCAACUUGCAUUGCCGAGCCGUCGUCAGCCCGCCUCGCCGACACGCAUCCGUUCGAGGCCACAUCCAUCCUUGCCGCGCUCCGCACUGUUGUUCUCGACACCAUCUUUGACGACCUUCGCGACGGGCUCACCUCGGGCCUUUGCGCCGGCCUCGACGACGCCUUUCUCGACCUCAACUUGCCGUUUGGUGCCGAUGUCGUGGCAGCGGCGAUUGCCAAGUCAUCCGCCGAUGGCGAUGUGAGCACUACCAGCGUUCGGACCGUCCUCGCCAAGGUCUUCCAAGGCCUUGGGGUGCCAAGCGGCGUUUACGACGACAUUCUUCACGGCCACACGCCGUCGUCGCUCCUCGGCACGCUUUAUGCUGCUGCCAAGUCGCCGCUCCUCCACGCCUACCUCCUCGAUGCACCGGACAAGUUCCGGGUUGUCCUUGACGUGCUGGUGGCACCGGCGGCUUCACCGGCGACCCGACAAGCCAUCUUCCGCACACUUCGUGCCAUGCUCCCGUGCAUGGCGCCAGACGCGCUGGCGUCUGCAGGCCUCGACAUUGUUCCGUUCCUUGUUGCCCGCAUCGGCGCCGUCGUGGACAAAUUUAUCGUCUCGUCGUCCAGCGACGUGGCCGAGUCGGCACCUGACGGAACUGUCGCCGAUGGCGACGGCGACGCCGACGGCGAUGCUGCUGCAGCCGGCGCUGGAGCAAGCAACGACGACGAUGCUGACAAGAAUCUCAUUCUUGAAGUGGUCAUGCUUCUGCGGACGCUUCUCAAGUCGAGCAGCUGGCGCAGUGCCAUCCAGACGUUUAUGUCGGGGGCGCUGGCGCAGGUGCCGACCCUCCUUACCGUUGCACCCUCGCCGGGCAACGUCGCCAUCUGGUCGGCGCUGGCUGCGCUCUACACCAUGGGCGGCAUCUCGGACCGUGCACGGCCGGGCGGGCGAGUUGAGUUCCUCCGGCCGGAUGCCACCCGGACGUCGACUGGCAUUGUCAUCUCGAUCGCCACCGCCGGCAACGUCAAGGAAGCGCGGGUGCUGGCGGACGAGGCGCUUGACGGGACACGGGCCUCGCUGAGCCCAGAGUCGUACCCCGUCUCGGAGCUCACCAUUCUUCCCGAGGUCUCUGUCGACCCGGGCCUCUUCCCGCUCACGUCGGAGCUUCUUCCGCUUUUUGGCCUCUUCCUCAGCGAGCCGCCUUCGCCGGCCUCGCUUACAUACUACCAGUUCAAGUCGGCGGCGCUGCAAGUGCUUGGCGAGCUCCUCUCACACCCACCGUCGAUUGCGCGUUUCCUGUCGGCCGGCAUGGCGCCGCUGCUGGUCUCAGCCUCGCUCACGCACACCUCGCUGACCAAGGGCGUGGCGCUGCCGCUUGUCGAAGAGCGCGCGCUGUACCUGCAGCAGUUUAUGCUGCCGUCGGCCUCGGGCCUUGGUGUGACGCUGACACUUUCGGACGGACAGGGUCCAAAGAAGAAGAAGACGCCAGAGCAGCUCAUCGACGAGUUCCUCGCCAAGUCUGGCAUGGCGCCGAAGGAGUACAACGACCUGCGCCAAACGUUUAUCUCAGUCGACGUCGACGGCGACGGCUACAUCACCCGUUCCGACGUCCAAGCCUACCUCACACCGCUCUUUGGCUACGAGGUCGAGGGCCGCGAGCUUGAGGAGCAGUUUGGCCAGUUUGACCGCGCUCGCAAGGGCCGCGUCUCGCUCCUCGACUGGCUGCACUCGUCGUCGGGCCUUCCAGUCCCGCCCGACUCGGACGACGAGAGCGGCGGAGGCGGGUUUAGCUUUGGUGGCGGCAAAAAGGUGAAGCGCAAGCGACUGCAUCUUCGGGUCGAUCGACCGCUUGCGGUUGUCGGCUACAUUGACGUCGCUAACGAGCUCAACGGGCUCGACCUUGAGGCGUGGACAGACACCGCGCUCGACUUGGUGCCUGCCGAGCCGCUCACCGCGCCGACCGACGGCCUCGAGAAUGGCGCGGCGCUCGCCGGCCAGCUUGCGCUUAUCUCCAUCGAUCCAGACCGCACGACCGAGGCUGAGCGCAAGGCGCAGAUUGCUACCGCCCAGGCCGCCGGCGCCUUUGGCGUUGUCCUCAUCUGUCCGAGCGACGACCUUCCGCCUGACAAUCUCGGGCCCGACCUGGGCGCUGAUGAGGCGAUCAAGGCCGUGGCCGGCGGUGGCUUUGCCACGCCGCCGCAGAGCUCCGGCCAGCCGAGCGGUGGCUUCACAUUUGGCUCAUCCACCUUUGGUGGCUCGUCCAACGAGCCGGCCUCGCUUGUGGCCUCUCAGUCCAACGCGGGCCUCUUUGGCUCGAGCAACAGUGGCGCUCCAGCGAGUACCGACUGGAGCGCCGAGCCGGUCUCAGCUGGCUCGUGGGGUGCAUCGGCAACACCGGCUGCUGCUGUUGACGCGUCGUCAGGAAACAGCAACGGCGACGGGGCGACCGGUAGCUCGGGCGAUGCAGACGCCAAGCCGAGUGCCAAGCCUGAUGUCGAUGCCGAUGCCGUCGCCGACACCGACGCCGAGCCAGUUGUUGCCAUCACCAUUCCGGUCCUCUACGUCUCGGCGUCGGACGGCGCACGGCUACUGGCGGCACUCUCGGACGAGGCUGACAAGGCGGCGGCCGAUGCUACCGAGGCGGCGUCGAGCGCUGAUGCGACUGCAGCAGCCACACCCGCGCCCAAGGACGCGCUCCGAGCGGCGGCUGUCGCUGAGCUCGAGGCGCUUGGCUUCCCGCCGGUGCAGGUUGCCAAGCACCUUGCCGCAGCCGAGGGCAACGUCUCUGAGGCUGCGGCAUCGCUCUUUCUCAUCAAGCACGCCGGAGCCGAGUCGGAGAACGAGGUGCUGGCGUACGCCUCUCUCGUCGCUGCUGCUCGUGGCGAUGCGAGCUCCGCGGCGACGGGUGCCGGCGAGUCAGUCAAGGCAACUGACGGCACAGACGCCGCCGACGGUGCGGACGCGGCACUGGCUGCGGCCGACAAGCAGCCGAAGAAGAAGGGCACCAAGCACAAGAAGCACAACAAGCGCGGGUGGCGCAACAAGCGCCAGCGCAAGACGUCCGACAAGGAAGCCGGUGAAGGCAAGGGCAAGUCGGGCAAGGGUGCCAAGGGUGGCAAGACCAAGGCCAAGGACAAGUCGGGCAGUAACGAGAAGGACGGCAAGGCCAAGGAUAGCUCUGCCUCUGGCAACGACGAAAUGGCAGUUGGCGACCUGUUUGGCGAGAAGAAGAGCGGUGGAUCGGCCAAGCUGCCUGCCGGUGACGAGGGCGUGACCCGGGCAGUGUACUACGACCUCGACGCUGCAGGCAUAGCCGGCGCGCGGACGACGGCCGUCGAGACCGAGGUGCUCUGGCCUUCGAUGGAGGGCGUGGACGACGUGUCUUUGGUGGUGACGGACAUGCAGGCCGCCCUCUGUACACUCUACACCCGCAAGGCUGUCCACGCGCUCCUUGCUGAGGCUGCGUCUGCGCCACAGCAGGCGCUGUCGGAGCUGAUGGGCUCUGACCCGACCAAGCUGGUGGACUUUCUCUCCCUCACGGCGUCGUCGCUGGCCAACGAUCCGUCUGCGGUGGCACCGUUUGGCGUCGACUCGCCGCUGACGCACCUGCGGCCAGCACUGAUGGCUGGUGUUGUGGCUCCGGGCCCCGGCGGCGAGGCCCUCGGCACGUUGCUUGUUCGCUACGCGGUCGGGACGCUGUACCGGGCGGAGCAUCUCGACGACGGCCUUGGCGGCGGAGCCGGGCGAGUCUCGGCCUUUGCCUCGGUCCACCCCGCGGUCAACUCGUCGGCGUCGAUGGGGCCAACGCACGUGAGCGUGCCGGACGCAGCGAACAUGCUGGUGACUUUUGAUCCCCGAUCGUGCACCGGCAACGCGGGCAACGAGCUUGUGUUCUACAGCGACGCCUCGUGCGAGACUGCGGUGCACAAGUGCGGCGGGAGCAGCGCCGGCUUUGUCUCGUUUGUGGUUCCGGGCUCGGAGAUGUGGUUCAAGUACACCCAGACGAUGGAGAUUUCGGACGCGGCAUCGUCGUGGGGCUGGCGGUUCAUUGUCUCGCCGUCGGCGCUGCCGUCGAACGACGCGGCGCUCGACGCGUUCCCCAACGUUGAGCUGGCGUGCUGGGUUCUUGCCACACUGCUGGACGCGCUCGAGUCGAAGGCUGCUGGGGCAGCGCCCGAGCCGACGGCGGCCCUGGCGCGGCAGGUCUACAAGCCUUAUGUGUUCUCUCUCCUUGUGUCUGCACUGAGCGUGACGGUGCUCAACCAGAAGAUCCGGGUCCUCCGCCUCCUUACGUUCCUUCUGCGGUCGGCGCACCGGUUCGAGGCAGCCAGCGAGUUGCCACUGGACGAGUUGCGGGCGACGGUCCACGCGUCCAUGAGCUCGCGGAUGCGGUCAGAGACCGGCUCGCAGUUUUACUCGCAGUACCUGCAGAACCUCGCCGAGCUUGCAGUUGCACUCGACUCGGUCGAGGCGAGCGUGGCCGCGAGUGCCGAGGCUAGCGCCGACGGCAGCGCCGCAAAGAGCAAGGGCAAGGAGGAGAGCCAAGACAAUGGCGCAAGUGUGAGCGCAGCUCCGGCACCGGCACCGGCCGAUACAGAGCUGGAGUGGUUCGGCAAGUUCAAGACAUUUGUGUCGCUUCUGGAGUCGUUGCGCGAGCGCAAGACCGGGUUCGACAGCUCAGUCCUUGCCGACGCAACGGCGUCGUACUGCGCCAUGCUCCGCAAGGCCGGCCCACUCAACUACGAAGUGGUGUCGACUUCGGGCGGGACGGCCAAGAGUGGGACCGGGGAAGUGGGCAACAUGCUCAUCGACGACGGGAGCGUGUAUGCGGCAGAGAAGUCGACCAACGUCGACGUGGUGCUCAAGUAUGCCGGAACGGCGCCCGAGGCCGGGGCGGUGGUCACUGCGCUGCGUAUGAAGACGCCGAGCUACCCGAAUCGCGGGCCAGUGCAGGAUGUGUUGGUGUGGGUCAUGAGCGAGGAGCCGGACCUCGAGGUUCUGGCCAAGUACAACGACGCGACCAACGACGUGUUUGCGACGGCAAGCACCACAGCUGCAUCGCUGGCGUCAAGCAACGCGCCGCGUGACGAGACGCUGCCUGUGGCGAUGCUCUCGCUGUACUCGUGCGACGCAGACACGGGCGAGAUGGCGGUGGCCAAGGCCGGCGGCAGUGACGAGCUGCCUGCAGGCAAGUACGUGGUGGUCAAGCUCAUUCGGCCAUCGGCGGGAAGCAGCGUGGACAUUGCGUUCUUUGGCGUGUCGGGCUAUCCCGCCGGCGACGGAAGCAGCUCGCCGCUGGGCGAGUCUGUCGACGAGGCGUCGUGGAACCACUGCCCGACAGAGGGCGAGGAAGUGUGGAGCCGGGCGGCGGACGAGGCACUUGUUGCACUGGUCAACGCGCUGUGCACGCGUGAGUCUGUGGCGCCCGCGGCGCUCCCGCUGGCGUCUGUGACGUAUGAAGCAGACCGUGACGAGCUGUAUGCUGGCGCGCUGGGCGGAGUGCCGAGCGACGCGCUUCAGGCGCGAUUUGUGGUCCUCCGCUACGUCAACACGCUCUUUGCCGAGUGGGGCAAGCUGGUGGACUUGUCUGCAGUGGAGAACCGGGUGUCGCUGGCGGCACUGGUGGGCGAUCUCCGGCCGCUGCUGUUCUUUGGCACCAAGAACACCCUCUUGCGGUCUGUCCUCUCGGCGACAGCGCACUACACACAGGCACGGAUCCAGGUUGAUCGGCUCGCGGCCAAGCAGGCUGUGACGGCAGAAGAAAAGGCCGAGCACUGCGUGUUUGUGCAGGCUGCGGCGCAGCUGAACAAGCAAAACCCGCGUGUACUCCGGGCUAUGGACGGACAAGCAUUCUACGUCCAGUUCCUCCGCGAAGGUGCCAACGAUUCGGGUGGGCCGUACCGUGAGCUCAUCACCGACGCGGUGGCAGAGAUCAUGUCUGACGAUCUGCCGCUGUUCAUCCGGUCGCCCAACGCGGUGGGCACCAUCGGGUCGAACCGCGACAAGUACCUGCUCAACCCGUCGGCGUCGAGCGCGGCGCAGCUCGAGCUUUUCCGAUUCUUCGGCAAGCUGCUUGGGGUGGCGAUUCGGACGCGGUUUGCGUUGGAUCUGCACCUCCCGCGGAGCUUCUUUGCAACGCUUGUGGGCGCGCCUGUCGGGGUGUGGGACCUGCGGGCGGUGGACGAGGCUGUGGUCAACUCGCUCACGGCCAUCCGCGACUUUACCGAGGUGUGGGGCAUCGAGCCCGAGGCGUUUGAAGAGUACGUCAUGGACGACUUUACCACGCUGCUCUCGGACGGGUCGCGGGUGGAGCUGUGCCCCGGCGGGGCGGAGAAGCGGGUGACGUACGAGAACCGGCUCGAGUUUGUGGACCUUGUGCUCGAGGCGCGACUGCACGAGGCCGACACGCAGAUGCGUGCGGUAGAGGAGGGCCUCGGUUCGAUCGUGCCCCUGGAGAUGCUGCCGCUGUUUACGCCGUCAGAGUUGGAGACGAUGAUCUGCGGAACGGCAGCGGUGGACGUGGCGCUGCUCAAGGCCAACACCAUGUAUUCCAAGGGAGUGUCUGCCGACUCGCCGCACGUGGUUCUGUUCUGGCAGGUGAUGGAGAACGAGUUUAGCGACGCCGAGCGGCGGCUCUUCCUCCGCUUUGUCUGGGGCCGCUCGCGCCUCCCGUCGUCGUCGGCGGCGUUUGACGAAAAGUUCAAGAUCCAGGCCUUUGUGCUCGACGAUGGCGACGACGCCGACCGGCACCUCCCGCAGUCGCACACCUGCUUCUUCUCGAUCAACCUCCCGCCGUACUCGACGGCAGCGGUGAUGGCGCAGCGGAUCCGGUACGCCAUGACCAAUUGCCGUGCCAUUGACACCGACUUUCUGCCUGCACCUCCAGCAGCGUCGUCGUCGGCGGGCGCGAGCACUGGCGGCGGCAUCGGCGGCGGCGAGUACGAGUACGACUCGGACUACUGA